CCAGUUUUGACCGUGCUCCUUCUCUAUCUCCUCUGUUCCCUCGGGCUCAACAGUCGAGCAGGCCACCCUGCCAGCCAACAUCGCUCGACCCUCUCCUUGUGAAUAGACCUCAUCGAUCUCUGCGCAAGCGACGAGCAUGAUGAAGGCGUGGGCGGUCACGAAGUACGGCGAUGCUUCGGCGCUCUUGACAGCGAUGGACGUGGAGAAGCCGCAGCCAGGGGCCGGGGAGGUCCUGGUCAAGAACAUGGCCGUCGCAACCAACCCCAUCGAUUACAAGGUGAUCGCCGGCGCCCUGGCACCAGGCGAAGAGGCGCCCCCCCAGCGCCUCAUCGUGGGCUGGGACAGUGCGGGGGUGGUCGAGGCUGUCGGGGAGGGAGUAACAGACUUCCAGGCCGGAAAAAGGUCUGGUUCGCAGGUGACAUCACCAAGGACGGAUGCUACUCGCAGUGCACCAAGAUCGAUUCACGGCUCAUCAGCAAGAUGCCCAGUACGCUCUCCUUCGAGGACGCUGCUGCCUUGCCGCUGACCUUCCAGACAGCGUGGGAGGGCAUGGUGGAGCUGAUGGGCGUCCAGAAGGGCAAGUCGAUCUUCGUCUUGAAUGGCGCUGGCGGGCUCGGGUCGAUCGUCAUCCAGGUCGCUAAGCACCUCGGGCUCACAGUGAUUGCCUCCGCAUCGCGCGCGGAGACCAUCGAGUUUUGCAAGCAGAUGGGCGCGGACCACGUGGUCAACCACCGCAACGAGGACCUCGGCGCUGAGCUCAAGCAGGUCGGCUUCGACUGCGUGGACUAUAUCUAUAACGCCCACGAGAACGAUCGCCUCGGGGAGCUCUUCAAGCUGCUGGUGUGCGACGGGAGGCUUGUGGUCACCUACGGCCCUACGCAAGAGCAGAUGGCGAAGGUUGACUGGACCACCGUGUGGCUGAAGAGGCAGACGCUAUGCUUCCAGAUGAUGUUCGCGCGGCCCAUGUUCAACACUGAGCCCGCGAUGGUAGGUGGCGUGAUGGCAACCAUGGCAAAGCUCGUGGACCAGGGCAGCAUCAAGACGACUGUCACGAAGAAGUACGGGGGCAUGGAGCAUAUCAAUGAUGCCACCAAGCUUCAGAUGUCUGGCAAAAGCAUCGGCAAGGUCUGCCUCACCAUGACGCACUGAGGCUCUGCUGGUUUGCCCCCAUGAUUUUUUUGCGGGGAAGUUGCAGGGUACUCGCGGCCACCAGUACAGGCUGGAGGUAGUAUAUGCAUCCAUGUAUGUAUGUAUCGCCCCUAAAAAGCAUCCAAAGAGACUCUCAGCAAGCAUCUUUGCUUGCUGUUUCCUUCUUGCCUCCCCUGCCCCUCCCCCUGCAUGCAUGUGCACUGUCUCGUGAAUCGGUCAUGGCCUUUUCCCGGUCCUCUCAGAGGGCCAGCGCGCCUCGCAGCGCGCCCGUCGCCCAGCCAUGGGCCGCCUCCGGGCGAUGGCGGUUCGCAUUCGCAUUCGCAUUUCAGUGUUUCUCGGGCAUCCCCCCAUGAGGCUGCCCUGGGUCCUCCUCGUGGCUGCCUUGCGCGCCUUCCUGGGGCAUUCCGGGGUGCUUGCAAUAAACAACAGUGGGAUUAACAACUUUAAGUCUCUUUCGCAGUCCCACUACGCUGCUUCUCCUGGUGCGCUAGCGUCGUAUGGAUGUUUACCAACGGUGCAAUCGAGGCAUCCGCCUUUUUUGUGCACACCUUAUUCCUGGGAUCCAUGAGGUUCCGGAUCCCUCGGGCUCGUACGGCCUCUUGCGUUAUUGUUCAUUGUUUUGCAUUGUGUUUGGCUUCGUUGUUAUCCGACGGAUGUGCAAAGGCAUAGUUCCGCAAACGGCAUUGCGUUGGCGAUUAUUGUUCUCCUUCGCAUAUUGUUGUAUUGCAUCGCAUUGCCCUGCCUUUCAUUUGAUUUGCUUCUCGCUGCAUGGCGCUGCGUUGUAUCAUGGUGUUUCCAUCACUGCGUUGUAUCGCAGUGCCAGUGUCGGCACUCCAUUCUGAACAGUUCCUUCGCUGCUUGGCAUUGGUGCGCAUUGCCUUGUAUGGAUGUGCCACUGUCUGUGAUCGAGCUCUGUUCGGCCCGCGAUUUUGUUACUCUUCGGUGUGCCUCAUAUUUUCCAUUGCUUUGCCUGAUAUCAUCGGCACCUUUUCGAGCGCCGUUUAGCCCUGCAGCUAGAGUGCGCUCGGAACAUGGUCCCCGCGUGCGCCCAUGGAGUGUUCAUAUCCCAACCGUGCGCGGACAAAGAUGAUCCUGACGAAGGACCCA